ACUCAGGGAGCCCUCGUCCCGUUUGUCCUGGAGAGACGCUCCCUUCCUUGGCGCCUCGUCCCACAGUCAGUCCGCACCGACGGCUGAGCUCUUCAGCCAGGACGUCUUCAACCAACUCUUCGAUAUGCUGGACCAAUCGGCCAUACAUUCAGUCUACAGCGAGGGUCCGACUCACAGCUCUGCAGGAAACACCAUCCAGAUCAGUAUGGAUUGCAUUACCAUGCACGAGCCGGACGAAACGCGAUCUUCUCAGUACACCAACCUGGGGCUCCUGAACAGCAUGGACCAGAACAUCCAGAACGGCGGCUCCACGUCCACCAGCCCGUACAACAACGACCACGCGCAGAACAACGUGACGGCACCGUCGCCCUACGCCCAGCCCAGCUCCACUUUCGACGCCCUGUCGCCCUCGCCGGCCAUCCCGUCCAACACGGACUACGCCGGGCCGCACACCUUCGACGUGUCCUUCCAGCAGUCCAGCACGGCCAAGUCAGCCACGUGGACGUACUCCACAGACUUGAAGAAGCUGUACUGCCAAAUCGCCAAGACGUGUCCCAUCCAGAUCAAAGUGCUGACCACCCCGCCGCAGGGCGCCGUCAUCCGCGCCAUGCCCGUUUACAAGAAGGCCGAGCACGUGACCGAGGUGGUCAAACGCUGCCCCAACCACGAGCUGAGCCGCGAGUUCAACGACGGUCAGAUUGCCCCACCGAGUCACCUGAUCCGCGUGGAGGGCAACAGCCACGCCCAGUACGUGGAGGACUCCAUCACCGGGAGGCAGAGUGUGCUGGUGCCCUACGAGCCCCCCCAGGUGGGGACAGAGUUCACCACCAUCUUGUACAACUUCAUGUGUAACUCCAGCUGUGUGGGCGGCAUGAACAGACGGCCCAUCCUCAUCAUCGUCACCUUGGAGACCCGAGACGGUCAGGUGUUGGGCCGCCGCUGCUUCGAGGCUCGCAUCUGCGCCUGCCCGGGUCGAGACCGCAAGGCGGACGAGGACAGCAUCCGCAAGCAGCACAUCACAGACACCGCAAAGAGCAGUGAGGGUACGAAGCGCCCCUUCCGCCAGGUUUCACACGGCAUCCAGAUGUCGGCCAUCAAGAAGAGAAGAUCCACGGACGAGGAGGUUUUCUGUUUGCCUAUCAAGGGGCGUGAAAUUUACGAGAUUUUGGUGAAAAUCAAAGAGUCUCUGGAGCUGAUGCAGUUUUUGCCGCAACACACGAUCGAGUCGUACCGGCAGCAGCAGCAGAACCUCCUGCAGAAACAGACGUCGAUGCCGCCGCAGCCCACCUUCGGCUCCAGCUCGCCCACGCACGGCAAAGUCAACAAGCUGCCGUCGGUCAGCCAGCUUAUCAACCCCCAGCAGCGCAACACGCUCACCCCGUCCAGCAUGGCCGGAGGCCUGACUGACAUGACUCCCAUGAUGGGCACUCACAUCCCCAUGAGCGCUGACAUGAGUUCACUGAGCCCCACUCACGCCCUGCAGCCCCAGCUGCCCCUGGUGCCCUCCUCACACUGUACCCCCCCUCCUCCAUACCCCAUGGACAGCAGCAUCUCCAGCUUCCUCCUUCGUCUGGGCUGCGCAGGCUGCUUGGAUUACUUCACAGCACAGGGUCUAACCAACAUCUACCAGAUUGAGAACUAUAACAUGGAGGACCUGUCGCGGCUGAAGAUCCCCAUCGAGUUCCAGCACAUCAUCUGGAAGGGCAUCCUGGAGCACCGGCAGGCAAUGGACUUCUCCCCCCCGCCCCACAUCGUGCGCACCACCAGCGGGGCGUCCACCGUCAGCGUGGGCUCCUCGGAGGCGCGCGGCGAGCGCGUCAUCGACGCCGUGCGCUUCACCUUGCGCCAGACCAUCUCCUUCCCCCAGCGAGACGACUGGUCCGACUUCUCCUUCGACUUGGACUCGCGCCGCAACAAGCAGCAGCGCAUCAAGGAGGAGGGCGAGUAGGACCGUCGGCGCCGCUCGUAGUGCAAGUAGAGCUCACGUAGACGUGCACUUAUACUUCUUCACGCCGCCUGUGCUACUUGUUGAGAGCACUUACAAAUGUUAAGAGGGUUUCAAGUUUGUGUCGAGUGUUUCAUCACACAUUUCAUUUCAACGUUUGCUGUUACAAAGUAUUAUUUUUAAGUCGCAUCCAUUUUGUCCUGCUCCAGUUUCUAUAUUUAGCUUGUGUGGCGCCACCUAUAGGCGCAGUGAUGUACAGGAACAGCAGGCCUCAUGUUGCAUUUCAAUUAUUUCUAUGAAUUUUUUUAUGGUUUGGUUGAGGAUUAUUUCACUAAAUAGCAGGCCGCAACCUUUUUUUAUUUUAUUUUUUUUAAUGUACAUACAUGUUGUAUAGUUCCUUUUUCCUCCUACCGAGAAACAGUGCAGGAUUGUCAUCAGGAAAUCAAGUAAAGGUUUGCAUACGAUGGCGUUGAAAGAAAGCAAGCAAGCAAGCAAGCAAAAUAAAUAAAUAACAGCUUCAUUUUCCUAUUUUUGUACAAUGUUUUGUAAAUAUGUCACAAUAUGCCGAGGCUAUUUUGAUAUAAAUCCAAAAUAAAUAUCCACGCAUCUUGAAUAAUC